CUCCUGUGCCCACUAUCACCAGUCGAGUGAGUGCUGGGUGCGGGCUGACAGCUGGCCCCUGUGGGAGUUCAGGCCAGCAUCUACUUGGUAGGGCUUUCUCCUACACCUCCACUGGGAUGUCUCAUAGGUCCUGCACGUUCAAAUCCGGCUCCUCAUCCUCCUCUGAACCCACACUCUUCCUGAGUCCCUGAUGCCAGUUUCCACUGUGCACCCAGUGACUCGGGGUCAGCCUUUACUCUGCGCUCCCUCUCUUAGAUGCCAGUCCUCCUUCACUACCUCUAGCAUGCAGCUGUUUCUCUCCGUGUCUCCGCCAUGACCCCUGCUCACGUCCCAUCUCUCCUGCCUGGAUUGCUGGUAUGGUCCAGCCUCUUUAUUAGCCUCCUGACCUUCAGCUUCUCCCCUUCUAGGUCCUCUCAAGUUUGAUCAAGCCCAGAAACAUUCUGUGUCUUCCUAGUGCCUGCAGGCAUGAGCACAGACUCACCCGCCUGCGUGAGUCUGGAAUCAGAGCCUGUUCGUCCAUCUCCCACCUUCAUUCCCCCAACAGCACUACCCAAGCGGGUUGUGCAGCUCCCCAGAGGCACACAGCCCUUCCUUGAACCCUCCUUUCUCUGGGAAGCCCCUCAAGAACUACCCUCCAAAUGCCAUCACCCUCCUAAAGCCUUCCUUGAACAACCCCCAAGCCGGAAGUCACCCCUCUGUCCCCGGCCCGUGGCGCGGGUCAUGUGUUGGUUGUUUCGGGCCCAUCUCUUCCUCCUGUGACUCCCCAGCAGCUGAUGCCGGCCUGACCCCUGUGGGUGUUCAGUGUGGGCCUGUGGGAAGGAUGAGUCACUGAGCCCUGGUGAUGGAAGCCUCCUCUUACUCGCUUAAGUAAGAAGGGCUAGUGUCCCAUCACAGAGCUGGAAAGAACGCGGGGUCCAUGUGGGGGGAAGAGCUGCAGGAACCAGGCCCAGGAUGGAGCUGGGGCCCUCCUGUUCUUGCCUGGCCUUGUGCGUCACUCAGGGACAAGAAAGCAGCUGUCACAGGUUCACUUCCUGCUAGUUGAGAAGCCCCAAACAAAAGUCUUCCCAGGUAGCUCCUGCCGAAAGGCCUGGGAAGGGUGAUCAGGUGGCUUGGGUCACUGCCCACCCCUAGCCCAAUCGUGUGGUUCAGAGGGUAGAGCACUUCUAUUCGCUGCAUCUGGCUCAGGGGACCACAUUUGUAGGGGCUGUAAUUGAAAACAGGAGAGGACUCAGGUUGGCGGGGGCAUAGCAGAAACCCCCAGGUGGGAGCACAUAGCUCCAGGUGGGAGCACAUUCUGGGUAGAAACAAUUGGAGCAGCCCAGCCCCUUAAAGAAAUGAUGAAAUGAUGGCUUUAGAAGUGGGGUCUGAGCUAGCUGUGCCUGUUUCUGUGUUCAUUCAACACGGACGGGGGUGCCACUUCAGUGCAAACCUCCUGGCUGGUCACUCUCACGCCCUGUCUCCCGUGGGCCAUCGCCAGUCCCCCCGAUGGGGCUCUCCUGGCCUCAGAGGGCUCCUCUACCACUGAAUGGUCACUCUCGAGUUCCGGCCAAGGUCAGCUCCUCUGGACACGUCAUUCCUCCAAGGGGACCUAGCGGGUACCAGGCUGACAGCCUGAGCAGGAGGGAACUGGCCCAACACCCAGCGCACUGCCCUCCUAACGCCCUCCCUCACAUCCGUCGGGGAGGCCUGAGCCAGCCAGACACUGACAUUUGGUCUCUCACCAAGGCAAGGAGGGUGUCUGGGUCUUUCCUCGCUCACUGUCCUGAGAGGCAUCUCUGGGCGUGGGGUCCUGGGGUGUCUGAACUACCUGGCAGCAGCCCUAACCUGUGGCUGAAGUGGUGGGUGAGCGAGUCAUUCACCCGAUUCCCAGUCUUAACGAUGAGCAGAGCGACGUGUCUCUGACCCAUGCGCACUUCCCAGGGCUCAGCACGGGCAGGGUCCCGAGGAAGCGCGUGGCACGUGCCGGACUGGCCAAGCGGGUUUGGGCACCACAAAGGACAGCUUACAAAAGCCGAGUGGGGUGCCGGGGGCACACAGUCCGGUGGCGGAGCAGUGAUAGUGAUGCAGAGUUCGGGGCACAGAGGAAGCGCCAUGUGGCUCAGAGGGGAACGGACACCCUCCCACUUCCCUCUGAUGCCCUGCUGGUGCUCACCAGCGGCCAGUCCUAGCAGAAAGCUGGUCAGCCAGGAGCCCGCAGAUGGGGGCCAUGAAGAUGGCUUCCAGGGCCCAAAGCAGGGUGGGUGGGGGACAGUGGGCUCCAAGGGCAAGUGGAGACCGUCCCGCACUAGGCUCCUGGAGAUGCUGUGUGUGAUAGUCAGUCUGUGCUCAGGCGAGUUUGGAGUUUGCACUGCUCACGGCAGGGGAGUGGAAUUGUGGGAAGACCUGGUGCCUUCUCUGCAGGGUCAGCCCCUCAUCUGUAGUCCCCAACCUGGGAGGCUGACUGGCGUCUCUGUCCACAGCACAUACAGGAGUUCACCAAUCAGACGUGGCAGGCGCGUUCAGGCCGGCCGCUGCCUGACCACCUGGUUCUGCUCGUGUGGUCCCUCAUCGUGUCUCUGUACCCCCUGGGGGGCCUCUUUGGGGCACUGCUUGCAGGGCCCUUGGCCAUCAUGCUGGGAAGGUGUGAGCAUGAACGUCCAGCCCAUGUACCUGGGGGAGAGUGCGCCCAAGGAGCUCCGAGGAACCGUGGCCAUGACCUCAGCCAUCUUCACUGCCCUGGGGAUCGUAAUGGGCCAGGUGGUCGGACUCAGGGAGCUCCUGGGUGGCCCGCAGGCCUGGCCCCUGCUGCUGGCCAGCUGCCUGGUGCCUGGGCUGCUCCAGCUGGCCUCCCUGCCCCUGCUCCCUGAGAGCCCGCGCUACCUCCUCAUUGACCGUGGAGACGCAGAGGCCUGCCUGUCAGCACUGCAGCGGCUGCGGGGCACCGAGGACUUGGCGUUGGAGCUGGCGGAGCUGGAGGAGGAGCGCACAGCCUGCCAGGGCCUGCGAGCACGGCACCCGUGGGAGCUGUUCCGGGAUGGCACCCUGCGGCGGCAGGUGACCAGCCUCGUCGUCCUGGGCAGUGCCAUGGAGCUCUGUGGGAAUGACUCGGUGUACGCCUAUGCUUCUUCCGUGUUCCUGGAGGCGGGAGUCCCCCAAGAGAAGGUCCAGUAUGCCAUCAUCGGGACUGGGUGCUGCGAGCUGCUCAUGGCCUUCGUCAGUUGUGCGGUCAUUGAGAGGGUGGGCCGGCGGGUGCUGCUGAUGGGGGGAUACUGCCUGAUGACCUUCUGGGGGAGCAUCUUCACAGUGGCCCUGUGCCUGCAGAGCUCCUUCCCCUGGAUGCCCUACCUGGCCAUGUCCUGCAUCUUUGCCUUCAUCCUCAGCUUUGGCAUUGGUCCCGCUGGAGUGACAGGGAUCCUGGCCACGGAGCUGUUUGACCAGACGGCGCGGCCUGCUGCCUACAUGGUCUGCGGGGCGCUCAUGUGGACCAUGCUCUUCCUGGUUGGGCUGGGGUUCCCCUUCCUCAUGGAGGGAUUGUCCCACUUCCUGUACGUGCCUUUCCUUGGCGUCUGUGUCUGCGCGGCCAUCUACACUGGCUUCUUCCUCCCUGAGACCAAAGGCAAGACGUUCCUGGAGAUCUCUGAAGAAUUGCGCAGACUCAACCUCCCGAGGCGGAGCCACGGCCACAGGUGGAGAGGCCCAGACGUCAUCCAGUCCACGGAGCUGUAGCCCUGCAGGUGUGGCUGGGGCCCAGACCCAGCUGCUGCCCUCCCCUUUGCUUCCUCUCCCUGCACUAGCUCCUGUAUUUGCUCACUUAAUGAGUGCUUAUUAAAUGAGCACCUACUGUGUGCAGGCAUGGUGCCUUUGGUGCUCCCCACCUAGAGGCAGUCAACAAACAGGAAACCAAUGAAAACAUAACUACAAACUCAGGAAAUUGCAGUGGAAGAAAAGUACGGCUUGUGAAGGGUGCGUAUACCCCAGGGUGGGGGCAGGGUGAUGUAGUUUAAGAGGGGCAUGGCCAGAGAAGGAUUUUUCUGAGGAAUUGAUUUUUUAAAAAAUCAACCUUAUUGAGGCAUAACUUAUGUAGAAUAAUGUAUCCAUGUUAAGUAUACAUUCGAUGAGUUGUCAGCUUUAUCCACCCAUGAAACUGCCACAUCACCACGGUCAAGACAGAACAUUCACAUCAGCCCCAAAUCUCCCUUUGUAGUCAGUAACCCAUCCCACCUGCAGCCCCAAGCCACUGCCGACCUGUGUUCUGUCACUACCGUCCAGAUUUGCCUUUUUCAGAAUUUGACAUGAUUCCAUGAUGUGUGUGUGCGUUUGUGUCUGGCUUUGUUCCAUAUACAGUUUUGGAAAUUCAUACAACUCGUUGCAUAUCUUAGUAAAUAUUCCUUUGUAUUUCCGAGUAGUAUCUCACUGUAUGGACACACCAUAACUUGUUCAUCCACUUACCUGUUGGUGGACAUUCGGGCCGUCGUGAAUAAAACUGCUAGGAGCAUUCCUGGACGGGUCAUUGUGCAGACAUAUGUUUUCAUUUCUCGUGGUAAAUGAAUUGCUGAGUUUAAUAAUGAAGGUAUGUUUAGCUGGAGAAGAAACUUUUCCAAAGUGAUUAUACCG